GCAGUGCGGCUCGCGCUCACUCAGCCGCUGGUGCCAUCCACUGUCACACAACUGAAGCCCCUGCAAUUUACUUGUAUAUUCGACUUCCUCUACAUCAUUAGUAUUAUUCCUUUACCUCUGUACUGUUAGAGGCAGACACAGGGAAGUUGUUCGCUGACAGGACAGAGGGGAGAGAGAGAGAGACAGGACUUGGUCUCCAGGAGCUGAAGGUGCAGGCGCGCGCUCAUCACAUUGUGAAAGUUGGAUUUUACGGCGGAGGAGGAAACAUCGCCCGACAGAUGCGGCUCAGAAGAUGAGCAGCGGUGAGGAGCAGACCGGGGGAGAUCAACGGAAUCCUGCCCUGUCCACGGCAGUGUGGUGAGCGUAGAUAAGCCCCCUUAUGAGGUGAAAACUCUUCCCCAUCCUGCAAUUUUCCCUCCCAGCACCAACAGCAGGAAAAAGGGAUGUCACGGCUGUUCCUCCUUUUGGCAACGCUCGUCGUCUCCUGCAGCGUCCAGGUGUCUCCUGCCGCCACCCUGGAUAAGCUGAAGGAGAGUUUGAAGUUGUACAUGGAGGAGUGUGAUCGCAACAAUAGCCGAGACCCGCCGAGCACCGGCCUCGUGUGCAACAGGACGUUUGACAAUUACGCCUGUUGGCCCGAUGGAGUCCCCAACACCACUGUGAGCGUGCCAUGUCCGUGGUAUCUGCCAUGGUACCAUGAAGUUCAGCACGGUAUGGUGUAUCAGGAAUGUGACGCAAACGGCCAGUGGGUGGCUACGAAGAAUACCAGCGAGUGUGACUCCAAUAAUCCAAGGAAGCAGUACUAUGGCCACAUCCGGAUCAUGUACACAGUGGGGUAUUCCUUAUCUCUGGUGGCUUUGGUGCUGGCGCUCGGUAUCCUCAUAUUCUUCAGGAAGCUGCACUGCAUGAGGAACAACAUCCACAUGAAUCUGUUUGCCUCCUUCAUCCUGCGAGCGCUGUCAAUCCUCAUCAAAGACGCUCUGCUGGUGGCCAACAUCACAUCGCAGGACCUCAGCAGGGACCAGGAGCAGGAAUUCCCUCGGGCGUCUAUGCCCCCAGUGGAGCUGCUGGUCAACAAUGAGAUAACAGUUAGCUGUCGCAUCGCCGUGGUGAUGAUGCAAUACAGCAUCAUGGCCAACACCUACUGGCUGCUGGUGGAGGGCAUCUACCUCCACAACCUGCUGGUGAUCACCGUGUUCACCGAGAGGAACUACUUCAAAAUCUACCUGUGCAUCGGCUGGGGUACUCCGUUGAUAUUCCUUGUGCCCUGGGUGAUAGCUAAAUAUCUGUAUGAAAAUCAAGAGUGCUGGGGGCAAAACAUAGACAUGAAUUACUGGUGGAUCAUACGUUCCCCAAUUCUGCUGGCAGUUGUGAUCAACUUCCUCAUCUUCAUCCAUAUCAUUAAAAUUCUUGUGUCAAAACUUCGAGCGCACCAAAUGAGAUACACCGAUUACAAGAUCAGGCUGGCUAAGUCGACUCUAACCCUGAUCCCCCUGCUGGGUAUCCAUCAGGUGGUCUUCAUCUUUGUGACGGACGAAUCUACCAAGACCACCAUCAGUUUGCGUCUCACCAAGCUCUUCAUCGACCUCUUCCUCUCAUCCUUCCAGGGUCUGUUGGUGGCCAUCUUGUACUGCUUCGUGAACAAAGAAGUGCAGUCCGAGAUCCUGAAGAAGUGGAAACGCUGGAAGCUCGGGAGGAACAUCGAGGAGGAAUACCGCCACACUUACAGCAAUACCCCCAACACCAAGACAGGCAGCCUGUUGAACCACGUCUCUCGGUUGCCUCACCUCCCGGACAUCGCCAAAACCGCCGCUCCACUCUGCAGCCCCGAGGAGAGGCACAUGCUGGUGGCUCGCUGCCAUAACGGCACGGAGCACAGUGCGGGGGAAGGGCAGUGCACCUCCCCACUGCACAAGGGAACAGUCAGCAACUGCACCCUGGUGGAGGACAUCAGCCUCACGGACAAGGUGCAGUGUUACAAGGCUAGGAGAGAGAACGCAGAGAGCCACCUGUGAAAGACUCUGGGAACUCUGCGAGGAAACUUGGAGGGCUUUGAGCGCUGGCUCCGACAUACUGCGCUGGGGUGGCUGUGAAGAGCCGGGCUGAUGGAGUCAUCUGUCAGAGCGGCCUUCGCACAGGGAUCAGUGACACUGGGAGACUGAACAGCACUCAGCCCUCUCCACAGCCUGAGAACAGAGGGAAAAAACACGGCAGACGUCCAACGCUGAGGGUCCGAAUGUGCUGUGAGCUUUGUGAAUGCAUUUCUGUAGAUGUUUGUCGGACGGUGUAAGAAACUGCUGCAUGUGGAAUAAUGCAACAACGCAAUCUCAAAGGCAGAUAUAAGCCCUGUAAAAUAAUACGAAGAAGAAAAAAAAAAAAAAGCCAGAAACCUCAAAUAGCAACAACGGCAACAAAGGGACAAAAAGGGGCGCAGGGUCUUCACUCAAGCCUCCGUUUUCAUUUGUGCUGUGUAUUAAAUGUGUGUUUUUGUGGUACUGGAGGUUAAAGACAAACUGGACGUUGAACUGUAUACACAAAAAAUACCAAACAAGUGACCCAGAAGAAGGACACUGCUUCUUUUGCUCUGGUAUCUGUUAGUGUUUAUGUCCAAACUGACUCUGAUGAACAUGUACAGAAAAGGAAGAAACAUUCUGUCCACUGUACCUCACACAGGAAGGUGACCACAGUGGUGUUCAAGUGUCCCCCUCCAGGGCCAAGGGGAAAUUGGCAGCUGCUCUCAUUCUUGGCUUAUGUAUAGACCUGAAAAGAGGUCAAGUGAUGGUAUGGGAUGAAUUAUAAAUAAGUUAAAGUGAUGAUCGCUUGACUUGCUUAGCAGUUUUACAAUAAAAAAAAAAUCUUUUUACAUGGGUUUAAACCUUGAAUACUGCAGGAGUGUUUCAGUUGUCGACCGUGUAAAUGUGCCAGGUGUGUUUUCAAGGGGAGUCGUCGUGAUUCUGCGCCGUUAAAGGUUUUCUCUCCCUCCUCACCAUCAAGAUGUUAUCCGACUCACACGCCCGAUGUGAACCUGUGCACAAUCACUCGCUAUGGACCCUUGAGAUGAAAGCAGAUAGGAAGUGUGCACUCAAAUCACGGGUUUAAAAUAACACGGCAUAUAGACAUGACCUGUAAAGGCACACAUGCAUAAAGUAUGAAUUCAACGCUGUGACUCAAAAUAACAUGUCAGCUCUGGCAGAAGGGAGUGUGUGCGAUGCUAAAUAGAAGCUGUCGUGCAUGCAGCCGUGUGCGCCAUGCCAUCGCAUCAGUGUCUCCGCUGUGCAAAGGCCAAAAAGUCAAAGAGUCUGUGCUAAUGGCUGCAUGCGGCCAGUUCCUCUACAGACAGUUCAGUAUUCAGCCUUAUUCUGUGUCCGCGGGGCCUGUGGAGACUGAACAAAGCUCCGCGCCCGUAAGAAGAACAAAUCCCCUCUGGUAAGCGUGCUAGUGACAAAGAAAACUAAAUUAGCAGUGGUACAGUUGCUUCUGAAUAUAUUGCUUUUAUUAUUUUUUUUUUGAGAAAAAGGGAAUAUUCUUUAAAAAACAUCAGUUAACGUUUAAGUUGCUGAAUAUUUUGCCAGAACUAACUCAACUUGGUAUGUAUGACUAUUUGCACAAUGUUAAUUUAUAAUUGCUAAAUACUGUGUGUAUAUGUGAUUUAUCUGAUUGCUGUCCAUAUGUUUAACGUGUGUGUGUGUGUGUGUAUAUAAGAGUAUAUUUUCCGUUGGGUAUGAAUGUGUGUCGUUUCAGUAUUCCAGAUGUGUGCAUGUGUUACAGUAGGUCGAAUCACCGGUUGCAGCCAGAGGUUGAUGUAAAACAGUGCAACAGGCUUCACAGCGAGCGCAGAGAUCAGGGGUCGAUAUGAGUCAGUCCCACUCUAACACAUAGAGCCCCACACCGCAGGCCAUUCCUAGAAGUCACGCCUAUGGUAAGACGCAGCUCUGCGUUUUUAUAAUGGAAGCUGCUCUCAGCGUGAUUCCUCCCAGUUAUUUUUGCAGUUCACAGUUAAAUUGAAGCGCAACAGCAACAUGUUUUUCUUUCCGAUAACAGCUCUGUGCAUUUUACACUGCAGCCACGUGCUGGCGGGAAUUACGUUAGAAAAAAAUAAAACGAAAUUGCAAACCGAGGCUGUUUUUCAUCAACACCUGCUGAGGACUGUAAUGGAGCAGGCAGACAUUCAACACUGCUGCUGAGUUGAGCUGGGAGUGUGAUGCACACAGUGGCACUGCUCUCGCUCAGAGGUAAUGAUUUGUGUCGUCCAUGUUCUGCAGGGCACGAGACACGUUUGGAUAUUGACACGUCAACAAAGGAAUGUUGUGCACUUUUAGUAAAAUAGGGUUCAGUGGUGUAUAUAGGUAUAUUGCAGAUUUUAUUUCAAACCAAUACAUGUAUUUGAAGCCGUGAUCAUGUAUGUUUUUUUGAAACCAGCAGCUUGGGUCACUCCCCUCUCUGGACCAAAGUGGUUCUGUCUGAAUGUAUUCUCUAAAAAGGCCCAAACAGGAAGGUUCCUCUGUAUUUUCUCAUGAAGGUGGUUAUGUACAGUGUAUGUGGUGUGAGGGACCUGUCAGUAAAAGCAAAGACUGUGUUCAGGUGUAUACAGUUCAUCAUAUAUUGUGUCCGCUUAUCAAACUUUGUCCAAACUAGUGAAAGAAUAAAUUACAAUGUAUGUGAAAGAGGAUUUUAACUGUGUUUUUUUUGUAUUGGUGAACAUUCACAAUGUUAAAAUAAAAAGUAAAACGCA